AUGCUCUCACGUGUUGCUGCAGUGAAGGCACCCCGCAUACACAACCGUCGCCGCGUGACCGGAUCCAGCGGAAGGAGGAGGGAAGGAAGAGAGAGUGAGCCGCAGAGGCCCAACAUGUCCCGGCAUCUCUUCUACUCUGCGGUGCUGCUCCUCGUCGUGAUGAUGUGCUGCAACACUGGUGUUGCUGCAGCCGCUGAUGAGAACAGUGAGUCAGAGACAGAUCCAAAUUUUGAAUGGAAGAACAUCAAGGAUGAGGGUGUAACUGUGGAAUUGUUAGGUGCUCCCGGCCUUUUGAAAGUGGGGAGUGACGUAUUUGCCGUUGUCGAGGCGCAGUGCAAGAAGAGUGAUGCAAACAUUUUUACUGGCAUUGCAUCCCAACUACUCACGAAAGAUAAUGCUGACACACCAGUGGAAGUGCUAAAUGGAGCCAAAGAUAAGACACAAUUUCUGGAAGACGGUUCCGAAGACCCAAAGAAAGUGGAUGUGAGCCGACCAACAACAGUCGUGCAGGGAAAUGAUAUUUACAUGCUUGUUGGAAAAUACAGCCGGACAGCUGCCACUGGUGGUGCUCCGGGGAGUGGUGCAGGUGACUGUGGACUUUUGCUGGUGAAAGGGAAUGUCAGUGUUGAGGAAAGUGGAGGUGAAAAAAGAAUCCAAUGGAAUGAGAACCAACGACUGGCCGGCACCUUUUCUGCUGAUGAACACAAAUGCUUGACGCAGCUGAUAGGCAGCGGUGGAUCGGGUAUUAAGACUAAUGACGGUGCUUUUUUGUUCCCAGUGGAAGCCACAAAGAAGCAGAACGAGGAUGGAAACACAAAGACCGUCUCGCUGAUCCUAUACUCGAAGGAUGCUAAGAGUUGGACGCUGUCGAAGGGGACGUCUGACGGUGGCUGCAGGGUUCCCUCCGUCGUGGAGUGGAAGGACGAUAAACUCAUCAUGAUGACUGCGUGUGAUGGUGGCCGCCGCAGGGUGUACGAGUCCGGUGACAAGGGGGAGUCGUGGACUGAGGCACUCGGGACACUCUCGCGCGUGUGGAGCAACAAAAAGGGCGGAAUUGAGAAGGCCGUUGGUAGCGGGUUCAUCACAGCGAAAAUUGAGGACAGGGACGUAAUGCUCGUCACUCUGCCGGUGUAUUCCAAAAAAGGAGAAAAGGAAAAUGUGGAAAAGGGUGAACUCCAUCUUUGGCUGACGGACAAUACGCACAUUGUUGAUAUUGGGCCGGUAUCCGGUGACGAGGAAGACGCUGCCGCCAGCUCCCUGUUGUACAGAAGUGGAGGUAAUAAUGAGUUGAUUGCACUGUACGAGAAGAAGAAGGGCGAUGCGGAUACACCAUCACUCGGUAUGUUCUCUGUGCGUCUGAAUGAGCAGCUUCAGUGGGUGAAGGAUGUGCUGGCGACCUGGAAGGAAGUGGACAGCCGUGUCUCCCAGCUGUGCACCAAUUCACUUGCUCAGAAGAAUCCCUCAGCUGACAAUGCCUGCAACGCUGAUAAGAUCACGGAUGGGCUGGUUGGAUUUUUGUCUGGCAGCUUCUCUGAUAACAAAUGGAGGGACGAGUACCUCGGGGUGGACGCCACAGUGAAGAACAAUGAUGAAGGGGGUAAGAAGGCAACAUUGCAUGGAGGCAGUGUGACGUUCCAGGGAGCGUGGGCGGAGUGGCCCGUUGGCAAGCAAGGGGAGAAUCAGCUUUACCACUUUGCGAACUACAACUUCACUCUUGUGGCGACGGUGUCCAUCGACGAGGUGCCGGAGGAAGAUACUCCCAUUCCUUUGAUGGGUGCGAAGAGGAUGAAUGGUGAUAAGAGUACUGUACUUCUGGGGCUGUCGUACAGCAACAGAGAAAAGAAGUUGGAACUUUUGUCCAGUGGCGGGAAGGCGUCGGAGCUCAGCAGCAAUUGGGAGCCAGGGAAAACACACCAAGUGGCCAUUGUGCUGCGGAACAGCAUCCAGGGCUUUGUGUACGUCGAUGGUAGGCGUGUGGAAGGUGCGCCAUUUGAUUUGAAGGAUAACGGUUCAAAAGGGAUAUCACACUUCUACAUUGGAGGGGAUGGAAGCAGCGCGGGGAGCCGAGAAGGCGUGUCUGUGACGGUGACGAACGUCCUGCUGUACAACCGCCCGUUGAGUGACAAUGAGCUUACUGCGCUUAACACAAUUAAACUUUCUAUUCCACAAACAGCAGAAGAAGGAAAAACGGAUGAAGGUACCGCUCUUGACGGUGGAGCACACGGUGAUGCCGGCAGCAUGUGUGGGAGCGGACUGCUGCCAUCGCUGCUUCUUCUGUUGGGACUGUGGUGGUUUGCGGCUCUGUGA